GAAGGCAGCAGAGGUCUUAUUUUUUAAGAUGACGGAUCCUACAACGUCGCCUGAAGACCACUGGAAACAGACUGACGAUGCCUUCAGCGAUGGAGGGUUUGACCACAGUUUCUUCUCUGAAACGGUGAGAAAAGACCCAGUUGUUUCCAGGGCUAACAGCAUCGGCUCCACAAGUGCCUCCUCAGUACCAAACACAGAUGAUGAAGACAGUGACUACAGACAUGAGACUUCAUAUAAAGACUCAUACAAAGACCGGCGGAGACAAGCGCACACACAGGCUGAACAGAAGAGACGAGACGCUAUAAAGGCUGGUUAUGAUGACCUGCAGUCCAUAGUGCCCACCUGUCAGCAGCAGUCUGAGUUUGCAGUGGGAGCACAGAAAAUCAGCAAAGCUACAAUACUGCAGAAAACAAUUGACUACAUCCAUUUUCUCCACAAAGAAAAGAAGAAGCAAGAGGAGGAAGUGUCAUUGCUCAGGAAAGAAGUCAUGGCGCUAAAGAUUAUGAAAACGAAUUACGAGCACAUAGUGAAGGCCCACCAGACCAACCCACAGCAGGGGCAGGAUCAAGUGUCGGACCAAGUGAAGUUUAACAUCUUUCAGAACAUCAUGGACUGUCUGUUCCAGUCGUUCAGCAGCUCGGUGUCUGUCAACAGCUUCCAGGAGCUGUCAGCCUGUGUGUUCAGCUGGAUCGAGGAGCACUGCAAACCUCAGACCCUGAGGGAGUUUGUGGUUGGCGUCCUCCGGCAGCUUAACGGACAGCUUUAUUGAUCCAGUGCACUGUGAACUUUUCCACUCAGACUUUGUACUUUCUCUGGCCUUCUGGGACAGGUUGAAAGCUUUUACCUUGGGUUACACCUUUAGUAUUAUUCAUUCUCUGCAGCUUAGCUGUGACCCAGGCUGCAAUACCUCAACCCACCACAGGGGCAUAUCCUCAUGUUGCUUUUUAUUGUUUGUAUUCUACAGUGUUUUAAUCUUCAUGUCCAAGUACAAGGGAUGUUCUUGGUCUGUUUUCUCAGUUGUGCCAGUUUAUAUUUUAAUAGAUUCAUGACUUAAGUGCGACAUCAUCACAGCUUGUUUGGGUCUGAAGAAGAAAUGGGAAACUUUAACUUUUCUCUAUAUUGAAAAAAAUCCCACAUUUAUAUUUUUUACUGUCAAAAUUAUUACAAUUUAAAUUUGGGCAUUGAUGAUUUUAAUAUAAAAGUUUAUGAUGAAAGUUCAUACGCUUAUAUUUGUUUAAUUAAAUCCCCAUUGUAGUGAAAGAAGCUGGAAUUCCACUGGACCGAGAAGUAGACUGAUGAUGUCAUUGUCUUAAUUUAAAAUUGUAGUUCAUGUACCACACAGGUACUCACCACACUACUUUAUUUUAGUGCAAAGAUCACUUUAAUCCUGUUUGGAGGUUAUUCAGUUGCGAUCUUGACAAGCAAAGCCUUUUUAUGCAUCAUGUUAUUCACUAUUGUUCAGCUAAAAGUGGGCGAGACACUGUGGGGUUUAGCCACAGUUUUACUUUAUAAGCUACUUGUGGCCUUGAUCACUGGAACUGCCCUAAUUAUUCAAAUACAUGUUUUAUACAAACCAAAA